AUUGGCUUGUCAUCAACAGACGGGAUACUGUGGACUCAUCUUACCGCAGACGUAUAAUAUACGCAUCUCUCUGUAUAUGGCGUAAAUCAUGGCUGCUGCGAAAGUGUCGGCAUGGAGCCGGUUACCAGUAAACCUGACGGAACUCUGCAUCGACACGACGCUUCGAUGUGGACAAUCCUUUCGCUGGCGCAAACUCAAUGACGAAUGGUCUUGUGUGCUACAUGGGCGCGUCGUCUCUCUUAAGCAGGAUUCGACUCACCUCCAUUACCGGGUUACAUGGCCCGCCACCAGGAAUGAGUUUCUUACUCCGCCUCUGUCGACGAAGAGUCCUGUCUCCGACGCAAAUGUCUUACAAGACGGCACGGAAGACCUACUCAGGCACUACUUGAGUCUGAAACUCGACUUAGGGUCACUGUAUGAGCAGUGGUCGGCGGCGGAUCCCAAUUUUCGGAAACGGGCACCCAAGUUUGAAGGGGUCCGAAUUCUGAGCCAGGAUGCCUGGGAAACUCUCAUAGCGUUUAUUUGCAGUAGCAAUAAUAACAUCUCUAGAAUCUCUCAGAUGGUCCUCAAACUUUGUCAACACUACGGCCCACUCAUCGGCCAUGUCGGCGGCGAGGCGUUCCACGACUUUCCCACGCCGGAAGCACUCUGCGCCAAGGAGGUGGAGGCGCACCUUCGCGAGCUGGGGUUCGGGUACCGGGCCAAAUACAUCGUCCAGACGGCCCGGAUCGUCGCCCACGAAAGGCCCAAGGGAUGGCUGGACAGCCUGACGAACCCGGACAAUCCCAACUUCCGGCGAGCGCCCGAGGCCGACGGCCUACCCUCUGCGACGUACAAGGAGGCCCAUGAGAAGCUGCUGGAGCUCACUGGGGUGGGCCCCAAGGUGGCAGACUGCGUGUGUCUCAUGGGGCUGGGAUGGGGCGAGGCAGUGCCCGUCGACACGCACGUCUGGCAAAUUGCGCAGCGGGAUUACAAGUUCGGCAAGGCCAAGGCCAAAACGUUGAAUAAGGCCAUGUACGAUGCGGUGGGCGAUCAUUUUAGGGAGCUUUGGGGAGCCUAUGCCGGCUGGGCGCAUUCGGUCUUGUUUACGGCGGACUUGAAGACGUUCUCGGAACGUGGCAAUGGUGCCAAGACGGAAGAGAUUACGAAGCAGGAGGGUGAGGUUGUCAUGGUGAAAAAGGAAGAAGAGGAGGGACUGAGAGUUCCAGAGGUCGUAAGUAACAGAACGAAAAGGAGGCGAAGGGCAACGCAAACAGAUAUCAAAGUCGAGGUGACGGUAGGUGUGGCUGAGGACGUCGUAGAACAAUCCCCUAAACGCCGAAGGACGCGGUCACAAGCUAAAUCGAAGUGAGAUGCUUGGCAUCUAGAAUAGAAAUAGAA